UAUAAUCGGCGCAUCAAGGUCUUGGGUUGUCUAAACGCCACUCGAAUAAUAAUAUCAACCAUUCAUAAUGUUGGUAACGGCGGUUGUUGCGACGUUCCUGCUCGUCCCGAAUAUACUCAUGACUAGCGCCGCUAGUACAUCCGAGGAAUGCAACAAGACAGUGGCGGACAUCGUUUUUAUUCUGGACCAGUCUGGAAGUGUUGGACAGGACAACUGGGACCGCGUGGCAAGAUUCGUUAUCAACAUAGUCAACAUCCUUGACAUUGGUCCCAACCUUACGAAAGUUGGCAUUAUAACCUAUAAUAAUUAUCCCGUUCGAAACAUGUACUUGGAUCAAUAUACAAACAAACAAGAUCUGAUCAACGCUAUAGGGAAUCUUACAUAUUCCCCAGGUGCUACGGACACGGACACUGCUCUGGAUCUUUUGCGUACCGACGGAUUUUUUGGCGACAGAUCUUUUGCACCAAACAUUGCUAUAGUGAUAACUGAUGGCUAUUCAUCUAAUCCUGAACAAACAAAAGUUGCGGCAGACAAAGUCAAGAAUACGGGGACCACGGUGUUUGCUAUAGGUAUUGGAAGUGAAGUGCAGCAGGGUGAGCUCAACUACAUCUCAAGUGACCCAGACUCCAGUUACGUGUUCUUUGUGGCAAACUUUACUUCGCUCUCCAGUAUUGAAAACAGUGUUGCUAAAACAACAUGCCAAGUUCCAUUGCUGUUGACCGGUUCACCGACAACACGGGCCCCACCAACAACACAAACAACCACCGCCACAACCACCAAAACAACCACCCAGCCUACAACAGCGACAACUCAAGCACAAACUACGAUGACUACUACGACUCUUCCAACUACGCCCCCUUGCUUCGCCAAAGUCGCCGAUGUUGUUUUCCUUGUCGAUUCUUCUGGCAGCGUCGGCGACGAAAACUUUAAAGUUGUCAAAAAUUUCAUUAAAAAUACCAUCAACGUAUUUGAUAUCGGUGCACAGUACACUCGCAUAGGUGUCAUAACAUUCAGCAGUACACCCGUGUUGAGAUUUCCGCUGAAUAUGUACGACAAUAAGGCAGCUAUUUUAAAUGCCAUUGACGGAAUACCUUACUCAAUGGGCGGGACAGAUACAGGGGCCGCACUAGAAAUGCUGAGGCUGCAAGGGUUUAGAGACGACCGACCGUUAGAUCCAAACAUCGCAAUAGUCAUAACUGAUGGCUUCUCGAGGGACAAACUGAAUACUGCAAGACAGGCACAACUACUGAAAGCAAGCGGGAACGUCACUAUCAUUGCCAUUGGCAUUGGUAAUGAAACGGAUGAUGCCGAGUUAAGAUCCAUAGCAACUACAGAUGCUUUCAACAACAGUCAGGUUUACCACGCGGAGAACUUCAAUGCUCUGCAGACGUUGAAUAACAUCGUUGCCACUGUCGCCUGUGGAUUGGUGAUUGUUACGCCACCUCCAAUUACCACACCAUCAACUGUCGCUACCACGUCCAAUUGUUUUGACCUUGAAGAUUGCACAAGAUACGGAAAGGAUGACUGCUUUGACUACAGACCAUACAUGACAAAGCAUUGCCCUCUUUUCUGUAAUGUUUGCGCGGGACCCUCAACACAAACGCCUGUUUGCAGGGACACAACCGAAAACUGUGCGCAGUAUGGCUCCUACAUUUGCACGCAGGCAAACAUGUUCAUUUGGGCAAAAGAACACUGCUCACAAUACUGUGGAUUUUGUGGCAACGGCGGAUUGCCAACUGAGCCCUCUACCACCCUAUCGAAUGUGCCGACUACUCCGGAAGGAUGCCAGGACCGACAACAAAACUGCAUCCAGUACGGCGGGCAGGCCAUGUGUACUGAUCCAAUGUACACAAAAUGGGCGUACAACAACUGUCGAGAAUACUGUGGCUUCUGCUCCAAUUACGAACUUAAGAAAGGCGCUGUCUUAAGAAACAACGUUAUUUGCCCUGACUGGCAUCUGCCGAAAGCAUGCACGCUCGUGCAAAACCCAAACGACACGUGUUGUGCCAUGCCGACCUGCCCAGCCGGUUACAAAUUGUCGGCCCUUACUCCAAGACAAAUACACUAGAUUUAUUGUCAUUACUUCGCUGCUACACAUUAUUUGCAAAUUGUGUUGUCUUUAAAAUCUUCAUUGAUUUGUGGUUCUGUCAGAAAUGCGUGUAUAUUUGUUUGUCUGCAAGUAAACCUGAACAUAUUUUCGCUUGUGAAUAGUAAUAAUGCUUUCAAUGACAAUUAAAUUUAAAAACAUUCAAUUAUUGACUGAUAAUGUGUCCUCUUUAGUAUAGAAAUAAAAACAAACUAUUUUUACCACGGUUGUCGAAUAAUUUUUACAUAUUUAUUCAAUAAACCACGUAACAUUGUACAUGCAUAUAUAAUGUGUGAAAAAUAAAAUUUGCAUUUAAUACAUA